UGGUGCCAGCAGUGCCAAGAACAGCAAACACCCCGUGGAGAGGCUGGCACACCACAAUACUCGAACCCAGACUGGAGCUGGUUCUGAAUCUGUUCUUUGAAACAACAGGCUUCCCCCAGAGUGCAGCCUGCCCAGCCUAGCAAGCGCCUGUAAAAAGGGGUAGGCGUGGGCUUUGGGCGGGGGUCAGGCUGUGUGUGGGAACCGGCAAGCUCCUCCAAGGGCAGCACUUAUUUUUAGUCGUCUCCCCAGUCCCAAAUAAACUGACAGCAGCUGGGCGCCCGUGGGUAAAUGCAGAGCGAAGCAGAGACAGGAAACCGGGGGCUCUCAGUAAUGAGUUCCAGCCACUCCAGAAGGGGGAAGCCAGACAAGGAAUUUUCUUCAGGACUGUUUCCCUCUGGCAGGCUCUGGUACUAUCACUGAGGAGAAUGUUUCCUUGCGUGUGUGUGUGUGUGUGUGUGUGUGUGUGUGUGUGUGUGUGUGUUUACAACCUCUGUCCAAGUCUUUCAUUUUCGCCUGCCUUUUUGUGAAGUUUCAUUGCUCCAAAGGGUUCUGAAUGCCGGUCCCUGCCUCUGUGUGUGAGCCUGUGUGUGUGCCUGCCUGGCAGCCUGCGGGGGCAGCGGGGAAGGCCGCUGGAGCAGCACGGGCUGGUCUCAGUGCUUGUGUAUCUGCAACCGUUUAAGGCUGAAGGACACAGGGCCAGGGAAGUGGGCAAAUCUGAACAGAGCUUGGCGUUCCUGAGGGGGAGGGGGCAGAGCCAAGGAGGAGGAGAGGACCUGGUCUCCAGCCAAAACAAGGGCCUUUUCAACCCAGGACUCAUAACUGCUGACAUGGGUGCCCAGCAUGGAUGGGGACAUUGAUGUUUACAAGCAUUUCUCGUGGCUGAAGAGGUCCCAGGUAAAUCACCAUGGUAACGAAACCUAUCAGGAACGCCUGGCACGUCUAGAAGGAGAUAAAGAGUCUCUCAUCUUACAGGUGAGUGUCCUCACGGACCAAGUGGAAGCCCAAGGAGAAAAGAUUCGGGACCUGGAAGUGUGUCUGGAGGGGCACCAGGUGAAACUCAAUGCUGCUGAAGGAAUGCUCCAGCAGGAGCUGCUAAGCCGCACGUCUCUCGAGACCCAGAAGCUUGACCUGAUGACUGAAGUGUCUGAGCUGAAGCUCAAGCUAGUUGGUAUGGAGAAGGAGCAGAGAGAGCAAGAAGAAAAGCAGAAAAAGGCAGAGGAGUUACUGCAAGAGCUCAAGCACCUCAAAAUCAAAGUGGAAGAGCUUGAAAAUGAACGGAAUCAGUACGAGUGGAAGCUGAAGGCCACUAAGGCUGAGGUAGCCCAGCUACAGGAGCAGGUGGUCCUGAAAGAUGCAGAAAUUGAGCGCCUGCACUGCCAGCUCUCUCGGACUGCAGCUCUCCACAAUGACCACACAGACAGAGACCAAGAAAUUCAACGUCUGAAAAUAGGCAUGGAAACAUUGCUUCUUGCCAAUGAAGAUAAGGACCGUCGCAUAGAGGAACUUACGGGGCUGCUGAACCAGUACCGAAGGGUGAAGGAGAUUGUGAUGGCAGCUCAAGGGCCUUCCGAGAGAACUCCUUCAGUCAAUGAAGAAGAACUGGAGGGAAGCUUCAGGAAGUGGAACACUGCAAAUAAGGGCUCUGAAGAACUGUUAAAACAAGAGAUGCCUCCAAAAUGCAGCUCUCCCAAGGUGGGGCCCCCGCCCCUGCCACAGAAGUCAUUGGAAACCAGAGCUCAGAAAAAGCUCUCCUGUAGUCUAGAAGACUUGAGAAGUGAAUCUGUGGAUAAGUGUGUUAAUGGGAACCAGCUCUCUCCUGUGGUAGAACCCAAGGACAGCCCUUUGCUGGUGGAGCAAAAAUAUCCUACAUUACCUGGGAAGCUUUCAGGAGCCACGCCCAAUGGAGAAGCUGCCAAGUCGACCCCCAUCGCCUCCCAGGCUGACUCCUCAGGCAGCAACCUGCUAAGGCUGAAUCAUGGCCGGAGUGUCAGUGCCCCCGUAUUAGGAGACAUAGAAAGUGGUUGGGAAGACACUACCACAGCCAACGACAUCUCAUCCACCUCAUCCGGUACUGAAUCCAGCCCCCAGUCCCCCCUGACACCAGAUGGUAAACGGAGCCCCAAAGGCAUCAAGAAAUUUUGGGGAAAAAUCCGAAGAACCCAAUCAGGAAACUUCAACACUGAUGCUCCAGGGAUGGCUGAGUUUCGACGAGGUGGGCUCCGUGCAACUGCAGGGCCAAGACUCUCAAGAACCAGAGACUCUAAGGGACAGAAAUGUGAUCCCAAUGCUCCUUUUGCCCAGUGGAACACAGAGCGGGUCUGUGCAUGGCUGGAGGACUUUGGCCUGGCUCAGUACGUGAUCUUUGCCAGGCAGUGGGUGACAUCUGGUCACACGUUGCUGACAGCUACGCCUCAAGACAUGGAGAAGGAGCUAGGCAUCAAGCACCCUCUCCAUAGGAAGAAGCUGGUUUUAGCUGUAAAAGCCAUCAACACCAAGCAGGAGGAGAAGUCUGCACUGCUAGACCAUAUUUGGGUGACAAGGUGGCUUGAUGAUAUUGGCUUACCCCAAUACAAAGACCAAUUUCACGAAUCCAGAGUGGAUGGACGAAUGCUUCAAUACCUAACUGUGAAUGAUCUACUCUUCUUAAAAGUCACUAGCCAACUCCAUCAUCUCAGCAUCAAAUGUGCCAUUCACGUGCUGCAUGUCAACAAGUUCAAUCCUCACUGCCUGCAUCGGAGGCCAGCUGAUGAGAGUAACCUUUCCCCUUCAGAAGUUGUGCAGUGGUCCAACCACAGGGUGAUGGAGUGGUUGCGAUCUGUGGACCUGGCAGAAUAUGCACCAAACCUUCGAGGGAGUGGCGUCCAUGGUGGUCUUAUUAUCCUGGAGCCACGCUUCACCGGGGACACCUUGGCUAUGCUCCUCAAUAUCCCACCACAGAAGACACUUCUCAGGCGCCACCUGACCACCAAAUUCAAUGCCCUGAUUGGUCCUGAGGCUGAACAGGAAAAGCGAGAUAAAAUGGCAUCACCAGCUUACACCCCACUGACUACCACAGCCAAAGUGCGGCCUAGGAAACUAGGAUUUUCACAUUUUGGAAACAUGAGAAAAAAGAAAUUUGAUGAAUCAACAGACUACAUUUGCCCCAUGGAACCAAGUGAUGCAGUCAAUGACAGUCAAAGGGUCUACAGUGGCUACCGGGGCCUCAGUCCCCUUGACAGCCCUGAACUGGAUGGGCUGGACCAGAUGGCACCUUCGGAAGGCACUGUGACGCAGAUAGGGCUCCUCUCUCAAGAUAUUCACCGUCUUACGACCCUGCUGAGCCAGGACCAGCUGCUGAAUGAUUCUCGCCUGACUACCCCUGACUCUGAUGACUGGAGAUGACAUUCUUUGUGGCUGAGAGCCCAGAGAGGCGCGUGUGGGGCCCUGCCUUGGCCUCCCAGGGGACCUGGCACACAGCCAUUGCAGAGCCCGGGCUGCAGAUGGGGAUGCCAGGGCAUCUCGGCCAUGGGUGCUGCUGGAACAAAGCAGAGCACUGGCGCGGGUGUCCAGGAGGCGCCUGGUGUCGCGAGGUGUUUCUAGCCCAGCCGUGCUCUUCACUGCAGCUUUCUACCUUUUGUACUUUUAUACAAGGCCUGCAGGCGGCGCUUGUGGGGCGAGCAGUGAGAUACAGCACACAGGCCCAGGGUUCGUGCUGCACCAGGAGGCUCCUA